CCCUCCUCGCAUCCUGCCUCUGCCCUGCCUCCUCGGAGCUGCCCUCCUCUGCGCCUCCAGACACCUUGACAGAAGGAGCCAGUGCUCACCUUCCCGUCCCCGGGAUCCUCCAUGGCAUUCUCUCCACUUCUUGGUUCCGAGGGCACGAGGCCCAGCCAGAAGCCAUGGUCUUCUCCCCCGAGGGCCGCCCGGGGCCCGGCCACACUGACGUGGGCAGUGACACUGUGAUGCCGGACAGCAGCAGGGGACGCAGGAGUGUGACAGAGCAGACGCGUGUCAAGGCCCAACUGAUGGUGCUACACACAUUCCCGGAGACUUUGCGGGGCGUCGUCCAGAGUGAGCUCAACUACUCGGUGAUCCUGAACUGUCUGACUACACUCAGGCCCACACCCGUGAUUCACUGGACCUUCAACGGGCAGCCCCGAGGGACAGGGGAGAAGCUGAUCAUCCGGCGGCUGUCCAGGGAGGACGUGGGUACCUAUAUGUGCGUGGCCAAGAACAGCCAGGAACAGCACUCCUCCGAGCUGGUGAAAGUCUCCCUGCCAGAGGUCGACAUGGAUUCCACAGACGAGCCCAUCGACCUGGACCCCGGUCUCACGGUGUCAGGAGGAUCUGCUAUCGCCCUCCUCCUGGCCGGAAGUGCCGGGUUGGUGGUCGUGAUAGUAGGAAUUGGCUCCGCCAUCGCCCAGACCCAAAGGACUGACAGGCAAAGAAUACGAAGAUGCUGCUGAAGUGUGAGUACCUGCCUGUCACCCUGGGAGCUGAGGCCACGAAGGACGGGAAGAGAACCCUGUGUUCAGGGAUGAGAUGAGGUUCCUGGGGGCUCCAUAGGCGAUCUCCUCCCUCUGGUUUCCUGAUCACUUGUUUGUGGGAUGCUCCCCUUUUGUUGAGAGCCCUGGGGACGAUUGUACAAGACACCCCGUCUGCCCAUCUCACCAAACUCCUGGAGACCACCUCCACAAGCAGUGUGUAUUUCAUAAAACUCAUGGGAUGCCAGCAAAAGAAACGCCCUGUAGUGGCUCAAUAAAAAAUACAAGGAGCCCUAA